GGAUGUGCCAUACACCCUCAAAACCCUUCUCUACAGGGGAGGCCAAAAGGGGCUACCCAGGAUCUCAACACAGCAGGAAAAAGUGUCUUGCCCAGCCGAAAAGAUAGGAGCUCUGCUACCCAGCAAAAAUGUCCGACAAAACACCCUUCGAAACGGAUAUGCUGACGCUCACGCGAUUCGUCAUGGAGAAGGGACGCCGCGUUAAAGGAGCUACAGGGGAGCUGACGCAGCUGCUCAACUCCAUGCUGACUGCCAUAAAGGCCAUUUCCUCCGCAGUCAGAAAGGCAGGCCUUGCCCACAUGUUUGGUAUUGCUGGCACUGUGAAUGUGACUGGUGACGAAGUGAAGAAGCUGGAUGUAUUAUCCAACUCUCUGGUGAUUAACAUGCUCCAGUCCUCCUACAGCACCUGCGUCCUGGUCACGGAGGAGAACAAGGAAGCCAUCAUCACCCCAAAAGACAAGCGGGGUAAAUAUGUGGUGUGCUUUGAUCCCCUUGAUGGCUCAUCCAAUAUAGACUGCUUGGCACCAAUAGGAACAAUAUUUGCUAUCUACAAAAAGGAUACAGAUGACGAGCCCUCUGAAAAAGAUGCUCUGCAGCCUGGACGCAAUAUUGUUGCUGCCGGCUAUGCCUUGUACGGCAGUGCUACACUGGUUGCCCUCUCCACGGGGCAAGGAGUGGACUGCUUCAUGCUGGAUCCGGGUCUCGGUGAAUUUAUUUUGGUGGACAGAGAUGUUAAAAUCAAGAAGAAAGGGAAGGUAUACAGUCUCAAUGAAGGUUAUGCAAAGUAUUUUGAUCCUGCAAUGACAGAAUAUUUACAAAAGAAGAAAUUCCCUGAGGAUGGCAGUUCCCCGUAUGGUGCCAGGUACGUGGGCUCCAUGGUAGCUGAUGUUCACCGUACAUUGAUGUAUGGUGGGAUCUUCAUGUAUCCUGCUAAUCAGAAGAGUCCUAAAGGAAAGCUCCGACUUCUCUAUGAGUGCAACCCUAUGGCUUUCAUCAUUGAGCAGGCAGGUGGGAUGGCGACCACAGGGACAGAGGCGGUGUUGGAUGUGAAACCUGAGAGUAUUCAUCAGAGAGUCCCUCUUAUCCUCGGUUCUCCAAAUGAUGUGCAGGAAUACAUCGCUUGUGUACAGAAACACCAGAAGAGCAGCUAAGGGCUUUUCCAUGUCAGACCUUGCUCAUCUGUCUUCAGUCUACAGGAAAA